CUAGCUCCAGCCAGGGUUAGUAAUAAACCGUCAUUGUUGACACACAAAUAAAUUCAAUUCGGUAGUAGAGGCACAGAAAUGCCAAUAUUUGGAAGUAAAUUUUCACCAAAGAAAAUUCCUACGAGAAAAGCCAAUGCUGAAAAUGUUCCUAUUAAUUUGACAGAGACGAGAGUGCAUUUGGAUCUGGGGGACCAGAAGUUCGCUUUUGAGAGAGGAAACUGGGUGCCAGAAGACCAACAACCUCAACAAGGUAUGACAUACAGGAAUAGACAACGAUUGAAGAAGAAAAUACAGGAACUGGAGGAAGAAAAUAAUAUGUUAAGGUUAAAGUACGAAAUGAUGUUAAAUAUGCUAACACAGGCCGCUGCCGAGGGACAGAUAGUUUACCCGGAUUUAGAAAAGUUCCGGAAAAAGAAAAAAUAGAAUCACAAUUUCAGUAAAAGAAUUUGAACAUGCGUAAAUCAUUGUAAAUAAACAUUUUUC